AGAUUGUUAGUCCUAGUAGAAUGUCACACGUCCCCGAUCCGUCUACGGAGGAGUCUAACUCGACGCCUCUGGCUAUCGACUCGAGUAGCAUUUCAAGCGGCAAAAGCGUAGAAUUAGUGGAUGGGCCCUCGGAGUUGCCUGUGAGAACUGGCAAGGAGAAGCAAGUCGAAAUACCGAUUGACCCGCCCGGUGUUAAGUUCUCGUUUCGGACAUUUUGCAAGUAUGCUGGUCCUGGUUGGCUUAUGUCAUUGGCCUAUCUCGAUCCUGGUAAUUUAGAAGCCGAUCUACAGGCUGGAGCCUUCACAGGCUUCCAGUUGCUAUGGGUAUUGCUACUUGCUCAUAUAGUUGGACUCAUCCUCCAAAUUUUAUCAAGCCGUCUAGCGGCAGUAACAGGGAAGCAUUUGGCUGAGCAUUGCCGGGCUAGAUAUCCUAAAUGGACUGCAACAGUGCUAUGGAUAAUGACUGAGAUCGCGAUUAUUGGUUCCGAUAUUCAGGAGGUGUUGGGAACUGCUAUAGCAUUCAAAGUGUUAUUAAACAUCCCUCUCUGGGCGGGCACUCUCAUUACUGCGGUGGAUACCCUCACUUUUUUGACAUUACAUUUGCUGCACGGUAUCAGAGUACUGGAAGCCUUUAUAUUCAUACUCAUCUUAACGAUGAUGGCGUGCUUCUUUAUAGACAUGGCGAUUUCAGCGCCCCCAGCUGUGGACAUCUUUAAGGGCUUCAUUCCUAUGGUGGCUAGUUAUGCGACUAUGCAAAUGGUUGGUCUUAUUGGCGCAGUUAUUAUGCCGCAUAACCUCUACCUGCACUCGGCAUUGACAGGCUCUCGCAAGAUAGAUAGAAGCGAGGAGAGGAACAUCCAGCAGGCUAACAAGUACUUUUUCAUCGAUUCAACAUCAUCCUUAUCCGUAUCUUUCCUCAUCAACCUAGCCAUGGUAUCGGCUUUCGCCCAUGGGAUGUCUUCUCUCCAGUGCGCCACUCUCCCUCAAGGACCUCUCGCCUGCCUAGUUACUCCCGAAGAUUGGGAUCGUUCGGUGUGCAGCCCGAGUGAUGCAGCUUGCCAGUGCCAUACUCCUGAAGGUAUUGCCGGAGUAUGCGCCAGCAUCGGCCUUGAGAACGCCGCGGGUGCACUGGCUGCAGUCAUGUAUUUCGGUGCGGUGAAGUACAUCUUCGCUGUUGGCAUAUUGGCGGCUGGUCAAGCAAGUACUCUUACCGGUACUUUGGCUGGCCAAUACGUGAUGGAAGGAUUCAUGAGGUGGAAGAUUCCAAUGUGGUUCCGUGUGCUCAUCACUAGAACGAUUGCACUAGGACCGGCCCUAGCAUUCGCUAUCCUGCAGGGUGAAAUCAGAGCCAUGAAUGGAGUAAACGCGUGGUUGAAUAUUCUUCAGUCGAUUCAGCUUCCUUUCGCUUUGUUGCCAGUGCUGCACUUCUCGAUGAGCCGUGAAGUGUUGGGAAGAUUCGUCAUCGGCCGCUUCUGGACAGCCGUAAUGUGGAUUCUUGCGUGCCUAGUAAUUGGUGUCAACUUCUAUCUGGUUAUUGAGACUAUCAUCCCUCUGAAUUGGCCAUGGUACGUUUGGGUAAUCCUCGCCAUCGUGGCAUGCCUCUAUCUUUGGCUGUGCAUUUCUUGUGUCAAGGAAGAUCUGAUGGGUGCCGCUAGGAAGGUUUUCGGUCGAUGUGCUGCUUCCAUAGAAGCAUCGUGAAGUAUCCUCCAUAUGCUUUUGUUGACUAGAUUUGCGUCUUAUUCAGUCAAGACUUUUCGUAUCCGGUAUUCACUGUGUCCAAUCUACUUUUGUUUUGUACAUAUCUUGGCGUACGUCAUACGGAUCGCAAAAACUGCCUCGUCUUAUGAAGUUCGGAUCUUACGUCGAGCGUGUUGGGAUAUGUCAUCGUCGACCACUGACUUGAGGUCAAGUUCAGUGAGCGUGUUAUCAUUCGAAUAGAGUUUUCCUCCUACGAAGUAUCGACAGUGAUGCUCCGGUUCUAUCGCCUGGAGGAUCAUUUAGUACGUUUUGUGGCACUCGUAGUCGAUCUCUAUUUU